AUGCUCGCAAUCACUCUCCGCCCCUCGCUUCUCCUAACCGUCCUCGCGCUCUGCUUUCGCCCGGCUUCAGCGUCCCCCAUCCCCGACCGCAACGCCAACUUUCUCUUCGCGCGGUCAGCGGCGCAGGACGCGCAUGGCUUAACAGGUGGCCAGAUCGUCAUCAUCGCCAGCGUCGCGAUUCUCGGCAUCGUCUGCCUCGUCGUUGCCGGAAUCGUCGGGUGCUACCUCUGCGCCAAGAUCGAGUACCAGGAUCGCCAGAGGAGGAGGGAGAUGCAGCAGGAGGAGCAAGGACUCAUCCUCGAUGAUCAGGAUCCCGUGGACAGCCUCCCGAGCCCGUUCACGGACACGCCCCAGCAGGGCUCGGCGUCGACGUACUCUGGUCUGUCUGGGAGCACAGCCUACGUCUCGCUCCCUGGAGAGGAGCGCCCGCCCCGCUAUGACUCGCGAGACACUCCGCUGGAAGUGCUGAGGACCAAGAACUUCCUCUUCAACCACAACAAGUAG